GGAAGUAGAUCUUUUCCCCCUAACGGCCGCCCGCCUUAAAAGCUUCAGAGAGAAGCAGGAUGUAGGACCGUUACACACCAACAUGGCCCUCCAAGGUCCGUUCUCUCUUCUCAUGUCGACGGUUUAGGGGAUAAGUGUUGGCGGGGGACAGCCUGACGUCUUGAAAAUGUCGACCAUCCUGGAUGCGGCGUCCAAGGCGAAAUGGAACCGCGGGACUGCAGCCAAGCGAGCCGUGUGCGUGGCGGCUGCUGCCUACGCUGUCAAAACAUUGUACCCUAUCAUCUACAGGCAAGUGUGCAAAAAUAACCCCACCGAAAACGGUGCUACAUGUCCGGUCAUAUCGCGCAAAGAUGUUCCGGAUCCGUCCAAGACGUCCCCUGGGGUCAACGCCGAAUUCUUCAAGCAGAUGCUCGGACUUGCUAAAAUCCUCUUCCCCAAACUAGUCUCCAAAGAGAUCGGCUUACUCUCCUUGCAUUCAGUGGCGCUCGUUUCCCGGACCUUUUUGUCCAUAUACGUCGCCAGCUUGGAUGGGAAGAUAGUUAAAAGCAUCGUGGAGAAGCAACCCAGGAGCUUCAUCAUCCAGCUGAUCAAAUGGCUCCUCAUCGCCAUCCCUGCCACCUUCGUCAACAGCGCCAUCCGCUUCUUGGAGUGCAAGCUGGCUCUGGCCUUCCGCACCCGGCUGGUGCACCAUGCCUACAAGACCUACUUCACAGACCAGACCUACUACAGAGUCAGCAACAUGGACGGGAGGCUCGCCAACCCGGACCAGUCCCUCACAGAAGAUGUGCUCAUGUUCUCCCAGUCUGUGGCCCAUCUGUACUCCAACCUCACCAAGCCCAUCCUGGAUGUGGUGCUCACUUCUUACACGCUCAUCCAGACCGCUCGGUCCAGGGGGGCCAACGCCAGCGGACCCACGCUACUGGCCGGCCUGGUGGUCUUCGCCACCGCUAAGGUUCUUCGGGCUUGCUCGCCUAGAUUUGGCAAGCUGGUGGCCGAGGAGGCUCACAGGAAGGGCUAUUUGCGCUACGUGCACUCCAGGAUUAUCGCCAACGCCGAGGAAAUAGCCUUCUACAGGGGACAUAAGGUGGAGAUGCGUCAGCUCCAAAAGUGCUACCGCGCCCUGGCGGAACAGAUGAACCUGAUCCUCUCCAAGCGUCUGUGGUACAUCAUGAUCGAGCAGUUCCUCAUGAAGUACGUGUGGAGCAGCUGUGGCCUCGUCAUGGUGGCUGUGCCCAUCAUCACCGGCACCGGAUUCGCCGACAACGAAACAGCUGAUGGUCGCAAACAUAUGAUGGUGAGCGAGAGGACAGAGGCUUUCACCACCGCACGCAACCUUCUCGCCUCGGGAGCGGACGCCAUCGAGAGGAUUAUGUCAUCCUACAAAGAGGUCACAGAGCUGGCAGGCUACACGGCGCGGGUCCACAACAUGUUUAUGGUGUUCCAGGACGUCCAGAGGGGCGUCUACAAGCGCUCCUCUCUCACGGCCGCUACGGGAGGGGAGAAGAAGAGCAAGCCCGAGAUGCACAUUGACGGACCGCUGGAGAUCAAAGGGGAAGUAAUCGACGUGGAUAAAGGCAUCGUGUGUGAAAGCGUGCCGAUCAUCACGCCUAACGGCGACGUGGUCGUGUCAAGUCUCAAUGUCAAGGUGGAAGAGGGAAUGCACCUAUUGAUCACCGGACCGAACGGCUGCGGUAAAAGCUCCCUCUUUCGUAUCCUCAGCGGUUUGUGGCCUGUGUACGGCGGGCGCCUCCAUAAACCGUCUCCUCAGCAUAUGUUCUACAUCCCUCAGAGGCCCUACAUGUCCAUGGGCUCCCUCCGCGACCAGGUCAUCUAUCCAGAUUCGGUGGAAGACAUGGCCGCCAGAGGCCUCAACGACAAGGACAUGGAGACCAUCUUGGACAUUGUAAACCUCAACCACAUUGUCACCAGGGAGGGAGGCUGGGAUGCCGAACUGGACUGGAAGGACGUGUUGUCUGGAGGCGAGAAGCAACGGAUGGGCAUGGCACGCAUGUUCUAUCACAAGCCUAAAUACGCCCUAUUGGACGAGUGCACCAGCGCUGUGAGCAUCGACGUGGAGGGCAAGAUUUUCCAGGCCGCCAAGGACGCCGGCAUCUCCUUGCUCUCCAUCACGCACAGACCUUCGCUAUGGAAGUACCACACGCACCUGCUGCAGUUCGACGGCGAGGGCGGCUGGCGCUUCGAGCAGCUGGACACGGCCACACGCCUCUCGCUCACCGAAGAGAAGCAGCGCCUGGAGAGCCAGCUGGCCGGCAUCCCCGAGAUGCAGCAGCGCCUCAACGAGCUCUGCAAGAUCCUGGGCGACGACUCGGUGCUCAGGACAGCUGAGUAGGGGGAGGGAGGGUGAAAAGGGGACUAGCUUUCCUCUGGCCCCCCCCCCCACACACACUUCUUUUAUAUUAUUUUCCAAUUAUGCGAGCCUAUCAAAUCAAAAAUUCUCCAUUUUAAGCAGCAAAAAUAAGAAGCACAUUUUGUCAACCUGCUUGACAUUUAUAACAAAAUUUGAUUUUGUUGAACAGGUUUUUAAUUGAUUUAACUUUAAUAUUAAUUUAUUUUAAGUAGCACUUUAUUCUACCUGUGGUAUUUUAAAAAAAAGUUUAAUAUACAGUAAUUACUCAAUUAAGCAGUAUUUCAGCAGUUUUUUUUCUUUAUUUCGAUUCUAUCGUGCUAAAUAUGUUCGUCUUUUUUAAUGUCACGGCAUGCCUUUUUUUGUGCAGAAUCCAAUUCUUUAAUGACGUCUAAGCCCGUUUCUUUCCCCGAGCAGCUGCCUUUUUUCCAGUUUUUGCCUCAGGCUGCAAGCCCACUCAGACUUACAGAAUAAAUCAUCUAAAAAGUCUAUUAUUGGAGCGAUUAGUGAUGCAGGUCUGGCCCUGAAAACUCAAGGCCUUUUUGGUUUCCCGAGCAAACACAAUGAGCUAAAGAGGCCCCAUCUGUGGCGCAAGCAGCUGACCCUGGGGGUCAUGUGACCACGCAAUUAGCUUUAGUCUUUUAGAGGUUGCACUUUUUCCACAUUUUGGUAUGGUACAGCCUUAUUUCAAAGUGGAAUAAAUUCACUUUUUGUCCUCACAUUUCCACACACAAUACAUGACAAUGAGGAAAAAGUGUGAUUUCUUAGUUUUGUAUUUUUAAUACAUUUGUAAAAAGCUCUCGAAAAACUUUUUCACAUUUUCACGGGGAUUGUGUGCAGAAUUAUGAGGACAAAAAAUUUGGAAUCAGGCUGUAACAUAAUGUGGAAAAUGUGACAUGCUAUGAAUGCUUUUUAGAUGCACCGUAUGUCAUGAUCCCACAUGACAGUUCGGACUAGGUUUGUUACUUUCCUAUGUUUAGAGCAACAUCCUGUCCCGGUGCUCUUGUUUUGUUCGUAUUUCCUGUUCGAUCUCUGUGUUUUAAAGCACUUUUAUUUUCUGUUCCAUGCCCUGCCAGCACACAGCACGCCCGGUUCCCUCUUUCAGGGCUGGAUCAUCAUACUAAAUAGGCUGUUUAUUGUGCUUGGUUCCUGCAUAGCCUUCUGGUGCACUUCCCAACUGCACCAUAGCUUUUGUUUUAUCAUUACAUAUACUUUAACCUGCACGUUGGCUCAUGCGCCCCCAUCUCGGGGUCACAAAUAAUGCGACGAUGCGCAUCCGUAACGGAAUGAUCCAGAGAGAACAUAUAACUAAUUAACAGUGAGGAACAUGUGUGCUGAUGUGACAGAAAAUGAAGGUGAUUCAAAACACAAGGGACCAAACAGGAAAUAGAGACAAAACAAGAGCACCAAGACGGGAAGUGAAACUGACAGGUUAACCAGCUCAAAUUUUAGUUUUCUAACCAUUCCAAAAUAACUAAUAAUAUACAUAAAUAAAAUAGAAAUAAUUUAAUUAUAUAUACAAUUAUUAUGAUUGAAAGCUGAUCAUGAAAUAGGAUGACAGCAAAACACAACAGCUCCAAAUCCCGCACCUUUCAUAUCAAGAUUCUUUGAAAUGAAGUAAAACAUCGGACUAGAACAUCAUUGUUCACCUCGUCUGUAAGCUGUUUAUUUUACUACUUUUUAAAAAUGGUUUCCCCCAAUUUUAAUGAGUGAAAAAGUUUAACCGGCGGAACAAAAAAGUGUGACAAAUAUGCUGCCCUGCUCAGGAAACUGGCUGCUACUGACAUACACACAAGUUUCUCCCUCAAAAUGUGACUUUUAAUCGACGCGUAGUCACGUGUUGUCACGCUGUAUUGUAUGAGAGUUAUUACCUUGUUCGGCUGGAGCAUCCGUAGUUGCCAUGGCGACCACAUCUUGUUAGUCAGACUCUGUUGACAGGAGGCUGAAGGAGCCUCUGAAUGACAUGGAGUCUUGAGAGAAUGCUGGGGAAUCUUUUCACACGCACACAAAUAAAGCCCACCGCCGCCGGCCUAAUUAAAAUCAUGGCAAACAUUCGUCCUAACAUCCUAGUUUUGACGGACGAGAUGUUUUGUUGCAUGCGUCCUAUCCUCCCUGUUCUGUGCGGCUUUAGAAGACAAGUCCGGGUCUUUUUGCAGUGACAAUAAGAACGGGAUGACAUCCUUAAGUGGAACAUCGAAUGUAUCUACAAUGUGCAAAUGCUUGGACAAUUUGGACAAUCCUCUGUUCCGUGUGCAUGUAGUGUUGAUUUAACACAACCAUAGUCCGUUAACGUAGAUGUCAUUUAGGGGAAACAAGAGCAGGGAAUGUCCCCGUAUAACCUUACUUUGCAGUACUGUUACAAUAUAUGACCUACUUAAUGUGCAUGGGUUGGCGCGUGUGCGAGUUCCUCCUACAAACAAGAGUGAAGAUGUAUUUUCUUGUAAAUAAAAGCAUUUGAUGCAAAUAA